GCCUCCCCUCCUGAGCGGCAGGGUGUCCCCAUGGCCUCCGUGGGCUGGUGGAGAGAGGGCUCGCCCCAUGGCGCUGACGGCCUCUCGCUCUCCCCAGCUGCUGGCUCUCCCCUGGAGGGGGACUGCUGUACGCCUUCGUGGGACCGGGCCGCCGCUGUUGUGCUGGUGAACAUGGUCAUCGGGAUCCUGGUGUUCAACCGGCUGGUGUCCAAGGACGGUAUCACGGACAAGAAGCUCAAGGAACGGGCAGGUCAGCUGCCCGAGCCCCCUCCUGGGCGGGCCCUCACAUGUGCCGAGUGUGGAGUGCCCUCCGCCACCAACGCCGCCCGCGACGCCACCAGUAACGCCAUGGCCUCGCUGUGGAGCUCCUGCGUGGUGCUGCCGCUGCUGGCGCUGACCUGGAUGUCGGCCGUGCUGGCCGUCACCGACCGCCGCUCCGCCCUCUUCCAGAUCCUCUUCGCCGUCUUCGACUCGCUGGAGGGCUUCGUCAUCGUCAUGGUGCACUGCAUCCUGCGGAGAGAGGUCCAGGACGCAGUGAAGUGCCGGGUGGUGGACCGCCAGGAGGAGGGCAACGGGGACUCGGGGGGCUCCUUCCAGAACGGCCACGCCCAGCUCAUGACCGACUUCGAGAAGGACGUGGAUCUGGCGUGUAGAUCAGGUGAGCGCCUGACAGUGUUGAACAAGGACAUCGCGGCCUGCCGGACGGCCACCAUCACGGGCACGCUCAAGCGGCCGUCCGUGCCCGAGGAGGAGAAGCUGAAGCUGGCCCAUGCCAAGGCACCGCCGCCCUCCAACUUCAACAGCCUCCCAGCCAACGUCUCCAAGCUGCACCUGCACGGCUCGCCCCACUACCCCGGCGGUGGGGGGCCGCUGCCCGACUUCCCCAACCACUCCCUGACCCUCAAGAAGGACAAGGCGUCCAAGGCGUCCUUCGUGGGCGACGGUGACAUCUUCAGGAAGCUGGACUCAGAGCUGAGCCGGGCCCAGGAGAAGGCCCUGGACACAAGCUACGUGAUCCUGCCCACGGCCACGGCCACCCUGCGGCCCAAGGCCAAGGAGGAGCCCAAGUACAGCAUCAACCUGGACCAGAUGCCACAGACGCGCCUCAUCCACCUCCGCGUGGCACCCGACCCUGGCCUCGCUGCCCGCGAGCCCCCCAGCACCGGGCCCCCCGAGGCGCCCCCCGCCCAGCCCCCGCCGCCCCCACCGCCCCCACCCCCUCUGGAGCCGGCGCCCCCCAGCCUGGGCGAGCCGGGGGAGCCCACAGCCCACCCGGGACCCAGCGUGGGCGCCGGGACCAAGAACGAGAACGUCUCUACCCUGUCCAUGAGCUCCCUGGAGCGGCGGAAAUCACGGUACGCAGAGCUGGACUUUGAGAAAAUCAUGCACACCCGGAAGAGGCACCAGGACAUGUUCCAGGACCUGAACCGGAAGCUGCAGCACGCGGAGAAGGACAAGGAGGCGCUGGGCCCCGACAGCAAGCAGCCGGAGAAGCAGCAGACCCCCAACAAGCGGCCCUGGGAGAGCCUCCGCAAGGCGCACGGGGCGCCCGCGUGGGGGAAGAAGGAGCUGGAGCCGCUGCCGCCGACGCCGCUGGAGUUGCGCAGCGUGGAGUGGGAGAAGACGGGCGCCACCAUCCCGCUGGUGGGCCAGGACGUCAUCGACCUGCAGACCGAGGUCUGAGCGCCGGCGGCCUGGCAGCGGCCGCGGAGAGGGAGGCUCGCUGGGCCCGCGCCUGCGCAGGAGGGGCGCGGACACGCCCGCGGGCGGCGGCUCGGGCCGCAGGGCGCUGGGCCUCGGCGCGGCGCGGACAGGAGGGCGGCCCCGGCGGGCACAGGGCCCCGGGGACCGCGGGCCGAGCGCGGCGGACAGUGGGCCGGCGGGGUGCGGCCCCGUUUUUUAGACACCCCCACCCCGGGAAGCAGCCAGCCCCCCCCCACCAUCCGGGGCCCCGGGGCCCCUCCCCAGACCCAGGCGGAGAGCACAGCCCUCCCACCUGCGCGGCCGCACGGCCGGGACUAAAGCCCACCGGGAGAAGCAGGGGUGGGCAAUCUAUUUUUUCUCUCUUUUUCUUUUCUUCAAUAAAAAGACUUAAAAACGUA